CACGUCCAUUUCCACACCUCGCACAUUCAGACGGCCAUGGACUCGGACAUACCCGCAGAAAUCGGCUCCGUGCUGCAGGGCGCGUCCAUCAACCGCCAUCCAUCGCCGCACCACGACGUGAACCCAUCGACCGCCGCCUCCGAGAGGCAGCCUGUCAAGCUCAAUCAGCACCCCGACCCCGAUGCUUCGGACGUUGGCGAAGAUGAGAUUCCCCUCAGCAUACUGGACCCGUUGCCGCGACGAAAGGCCAUGCCCCCGCUGCCAGACCUGCGCUUCGAGCAAAGUUAUCUGAAGAGCAUUGAGCAUGCACAGGGAUGGAAAGGUGUUUUGUGGAUUACACUGCGGGACCAGGUCAUAAUGUGUUUUGCUCAGGGCGUACUUUGGACCCUCGUACUCAACGGCUGGCGGCAUUGGAACCGGUCAACAAAAUUCAGUGGACAAAGUGCAGGCGCGCAGAUACGGAAAUGGUGGUGGGGCGUCAACAACUGGACCAUACCGACCGCAAAAUCCAAGUUGAGGGAUCCAAAGCUGGCCAAGAAUGUGUCCGAGUCGUAGUACUACAAAGGGGAGUUUUCGAGUGCUGCCCAGGACUGAUGGCGGCCAUUUGCGACAUUGCUUUUACCAGUAUUUCAACCAUGCUUUCGUGGUUUGAACCUAGCUACUUUAGCAUGCGGAUACACGAAUACUAUCUACAAUCGGUAUCGGGCCACAUAGCUCUGUGCAUGCUGCUCUUUAUAUCGGUCUAUUCGGAUUAUGCAUUUGAAAUGCUCCCAUCAUUGUUGGUGGUAUUGAUUGGCUGACGAGCAUGCGCCGGUUGUGGGCAAGGAAGAAUACUUUCUAGCUCAUCAAGCCCUGCUUUCUUGAUAUGCUUCUAAAAAACUGAAGGAGGAUGUUCUCGUCUACCGGACGUACGCAGACAAUAUGCAAUCAAUUUAAGACCUCGGUGGCUGAUGACAUGCACACCCUUCGCCCAACAAGGCGAGAUUU